CUCAACACCAUCUUACCGACUAUCACACUCCUCGCUAAUAACAUCUUGAACAUCUCCGACGGGUCAUUGUCGACCUCAACACCAGACUGUAAGUCAAUCUCGGAUCAUCACCUGUCACCUAGUCGUCAUUUCGGGGCUCUUUGUCGUUCGGAAGGGGGACGUGGCGCGCGCAACGUUGCCUAGAGACAGACCUCCAGGACGACAAGACCUCUAUUGCUUCCAUGGCAGCCUGUCUCCUCCCAGCAUCAAUCUGACUCUGGCGGAUCCGUGUAUCUGUCCUCUCUCAAGGGCAGCAUAUAAUCUUUCUGUGCCUGCUUAUCGUUCUGCGAGUGCCAUGCUGAUUGAUUGCUAUCCUAACAGAAUCGUCCUUCGCAAGAGCGAAUCCCACAUCACCACCCUCUACACCACACACACAAACCACAAACCACAAUCAUGGGUCUCACAUUUUCAAAGCUCUUUGACCGACUCUGGGGAAAGAAAGAGAUGAGAAUUCUGAUGGUUGGUUUGGAUGCCGCCGGAAAGACCACGAUUUUGUACAAGCUCAAGCUCGGUGAAAUCGUCACUACCAUCCCAACAAUCGGUAUGACCACCCUCCCACCCGAGUCAGCCCAUCGAGAUUCUCGUUAUUGACACAAUGCCUAGGUUUCAACGUCGAGACUGUCGAAUACAAAAACAUUCAAUUCACUGUAUGGGAUGUUGGUGGACAAGAUAAGAUUAGACCUCUAUGGAGACAUUACUUCCAGAACACACAAGGUAUCAUCUUCGUUGUUGACAGCAACGAUCGUGAUCGUGUUGUUGAGGCCAGAGAGGAGUUGCAACGCAUGUUAAACGAGGACGAGCUCAGAGAUGCCAUUCUUUUGGUUUUCGCCAACAAGCAGGAUCUUCCAGUACGCCUCCCACCUAAUCACCGACAAUGGUCUUUGUGCUAACCAAGUCUUUAGAAUGCCAUGAACGCCGCCGAGAUCACAGAUAAGUUGGGUCUUCACAGCUUGAGACAACGUGCAUGGGUAGGUUAGCCCCUGAGUCUUGACGUGCUCGAGCAUAUAACUAAUCAACUUACAGUACAUUCAAUCCACUUGUGCCACAACCGGAGAUGGUCUGUAUGAAGGUUUGGAGUGGCUCGCAAGCUCUCUCCGAAAGGCUGGUCAUCAGUAAAUUUGGCAUACUCUCAACAAUCCAGUCACAAUUUGUCUCGAGAUUCCCCCAGACCCAAAAAACCAAAACGUCCAUAUCACAAACCUCUCCUCCAUAUCAACCAUCGGUGCUCUAUCUCAUCUAUUCAUGUCUCUUUCAGCAGUCCACGUUCACAUGAGAGGCGCAAAGGGUGAUUUUUGUACGAUGACAUUAAAAGGCUCUCUGUGGCUCCCCCUGACUCUCUGUAUUUGGCCUCAGAGGUCGGGUGGAGGUCAAGGGAGCUUUUUUUCCUCUUUUUUAUUUUUCACGCGCGUCACGGCCUCCUUUUUCUACGUCUGGCCUUGCAAUCUUGUGUUUCAGCAUGGUAUAAAAAGCAGACGAUAGAUGGAGGAUCAUGGUAGUCAGUCUAGUCACAAAUUGAUCUUACAUUAGAAAAUA